UGUGUCUUUGCAGAACUUCAACGGAAUAUACAAAGUGAUAAAUAGUAAGUGACUAGGGAGCAAAGUGUAGUUUCAGUAAAUACUUGUUGUGACUGUUUGCUCUUUUUCUUGUUUGGACUGUUUCAAUUAGCUCUCUCCAAGCAAUCUGCUCUUUUACGUAGCUGUAUAGACACAGCAGAGUUAAACAGAGAUUGACAACUGCACUUUAGUUUCUGAAUUAUCUAAAAUAACACAAGGCUCAAUGACUUUACUGUCCACUCACAUAUUUUAUGUGUGAUUUUUUUUUUUCUUUAAAAGCAGAGUGGUUUCACUUUAAUUUUUAAAAUAUAAUAAAGUAUAUUAUUCUGAAUGAGAUAAACCAGCUUGAUAAAACUUUAUGAUACAGAAAGAAUACCUUGUCAUCUAGAGUUAGUCAAAAUUUUUCUUCUUUGACACCAGAGCUUUAGUUUGUUUCAAGGAUGAUUUGACAUUCCUUUGUACCAGUCACUUGGGUGAAAUGUAACAAUCAAGUAGAUAGAUUUGUAUACAUGAUAGCAUGGUAUUCUGGGGAUAACAAUGCAUUUUGACAAAUAAGUUAUUGUGGAAAAGUUAAAAGGUGUGCUUUUCUUUUAAUUGUAUCUAUCUAUACAUCUGAUUUUAUGGGGAACUGCUGUAUAGUUAAUACAGUUAAACAGAAUGUGUACAUUGGAUUUUCUAACUUGAUUUUUCUACCCAGUCAUAAUGGCUCAGGAACUGCUGGAAUGCCAGGGCUAAAUAACAAAAGCAGUUUUGGGAGUGAUUGAGUGGUGGUCUAUGGAAUACAGACCACUAUGCUAGCUACAGAGCAAACAGAAACACUGAAAGAAAUCAUAGAAGAAGAAGAAGAAGAAGAAGAAGAAGAAAAGGAAAAGGAAAAGGAAAAGGAAAAGGAAAAGGAAAAGGAAAAGGAAAAGGAAAAGGAAAAGGAAAAGGAAAAGGAAAAGGAAAAGGAGAAAAAGAAAAAAAAAAGUCACUUAAAAGAAAAAAAUAUUGAGUAAGUGAAUUCAGAUUCAAGUAGCCAAAUGAGCAAACAAGGUAUGUGCUUUGCCUUGUCAAAGUUAGUAAUCUUAGAUGCCAUUAAAUUUUUAGUGUGGUCUAUUUGAUUAGUGUGGUCUAUUUGAUCUGCUUCUCACAAGCUCCUUCUUUGGGAGGUCUUUAUUUAUGAUUUAAUAGCUGCCUGUGAAUUUGGUACUUUGAAUCAACAGACUAAAUAUUCUUCUUCAACCCGAUUUGUCAUUUGAUGAGUGUCUUAGUGCAGAAGGAAAUAAUUCCUGAAUAAGACCUGGUUUUUAAUUACCAGCCAUCUUAGAUAACAGUAGCAUAUUCAGUCCCCAGCAGUAACACUGGGGAAGAGACCUGUGAUCUGUGGUGGCUGAAUUAUAAUUGCCCUGCUGUUUACUUACAUGGGGCCACUUACAGGUAUAUGGGGACCAGAGUUUGACUAUCAAGACAGCACUAUUCAGGAAACAUCUUUCGAUGCAAAUGCAUUAUAGGAAAAUAUUUUGAGAAGACAUAGGGCAUUCCUGUUCUCACAAAACACAGUAGAGACAUUUGUGACCUUUAAAUAUAUCAAUUAUUUUGUCCUUUAACUUUUAAAAUCCAUGGAGCUAUUUAAAUUACGGUAGGUACUCUGAAGAAAAGAAAUUAAUAUUCAUUUUUACAACAGGAAAGGAAGAUUAUAUAUUCCCACUGCCUGUAACCAAAGCACAGAAGAAAUUAUUCAUGUCUGAAAUAAUUGUAAAUGACUCUUUAUUACUCCAAAUGAAAUUCUAGCAUAAAAUGCAGCUACUGUAUUGUCUCAUGUGUUUAUUAAUCCUUCUUUAUUUUAACACCACCAUGAACAAUGGGAACCACACAUAUGUUGGCACAGAAUUAAAGUGGCCCAGCAAGCUUUUUUAAAUCUUGGGAAUGAAUAUGCUUGAAAUUGAGAACCCUCUUAAGAGCCUGAAAGCUUUUUUUAAAUCAGUGAGAUGUCAGCUUAUGUUUUAAAAACAUAGUUGAAGCAGGGUAGAAAAAACUAUGGCCCAUAUGAAAUGGUUUCAAAUUGCGGUAUACAUGAUCAGAUAUACUCUUCACAGACGUAUCUUUUUCUGUGAUUUCAUGAACAGAAUCUUGGUAGUUCGCUGGUGGUUUUUGUUUGUUUGUGGGUUUGUUUGUUUUGUCUUUUUUUUUUUUUUUUUCUCUUUACCUUGUAGCUCUUUAUAAGUCCAGAUGAGCUUAGAAAUCAAUCUGCUAUUGAAAGGGAAUGUCUGAUCUUGAAAGCAGUUGCUUAGUGGAGUUCCCAUUGACAUUAUUGACUCAACUCUUUGUCAAUAAUUCCUAAAGCUCCCAUUGAUUUUCUUGAAUAACAGGUUUCAUGACUAUGAUGUCACUUAGAGUGCCUUUCUGAGGCUCACUAUAGAGUCUAUAAUUGAGGACCAGUAUCCAGUGUAGCAAAUCUAAGUGUAUGUUUUAAGAUGUUGUAGCAUAUGUUUAUUAUCCUGUAAAUCAGAGUUCUGGAGGAAAUGGAUACAAAUUUAUAUUAGAACCUAUCUUUCCUGUUGAGAUCUUAGGAUGCUUAAACAUUCAAUUGACACUUCCAGUGGCAUUAGCAGAAAUUUUCUCUGUAGAGUCUGUGGGGUGAUAUCUAUGGGCUUUCAAAAUAAUUAUUUUCCCAAGUACUCAAUGCUUGAGCAGGACGAAUUAUGAAAGUGCUUUUGAACAUGGUAAAUCUGGAUAUUCCUGCUUGCUUUUAAAAAGUUGUUGACUGUCUUAGUAGUGAGAACUGACCAAAUUCACUCUCUACUUAUCUCUAAAGCAUACAUCGUGUUGUCAUGGUCACAAAUACUAGCAAUGCUCAAAUAUGCCAAUAAUAGUCCAUGUUCUCAGUAGCUUUCAGCCAAAAGCUAGUCAUCAAAACCACUGUAUUAAAUGUUCUUACAUUAAUCUGGGAUAAAAACUAACAUGGAAAGAUACAAAUGUAUUGGUUUCUGUCUGCACUAUUUUGCCAGAUGAGUGUUUGGAAGAGUGUUUUACUUUACAGCAUCCCUUACACAGGGCAUCUUUGGAUUGAGUGUAAUAGAGCCUGACAUCUGAAUCCACCUUGUUCCUAGUAGUGCUGUGGUAUCAGGUAGCCGUAGCCAUCUUCUGGUUACCAUCGGGUGAAAGCCUGAGCGACUUCUUUCAGCAGCUGAACUCCACUAGACAGAAACUGUUCUUCCCCACUCAGACUUUUGUACCUGUCCAAGCUGAUCCCAGGAAGCUCUUCAGAAAAAAAGAAAAAAACACAAAACCAAAACGAAACAAAACCAAAAACCCAAGAGCAUCCUGCAGAGGCCCGCGGGACUGCGGGUCCGCACGGCGGGAGGCGGCCGGACGCCGGGCGGAGAGCGGGCGGGAGCAGUUCAGCACCACGGUCAGCGCCAGCCGGCCGGCGGAGGCACCGCGGGGGUGGGGAGCGGGAGGAGCGGCCGCGGGAGGGGGAACUGCUGCCUGGAUGCUGAUGGUUUUUACGGGGAGCAGCAGUCAAAUAACCGGUCAAAGGAUGAUAUUUGACCUCCCGUGCUAUAUUUUAAAGCCAGGAAAGGAUAAAGCUAUGUCAGUGACACAAAUGGAAUAGAAAACACACUUCUAUGUUAUCAUCAUGUUCUUCAUACCGUGUUAGAGUGAAAGCAGCUGGAAGGAUAAUACAGUAAGUGGCAAAAUUAUCUGAGUUAUACCUGCUGAUUACCAGAUCUAGGGUUAAAUUAAGGAACUGAAAGAGAAAAGGUAUAGAGGGCAAGAAGUUAUACACUAUGUUCAAAAAGAUCCACUCUAUAUUUCACCCCAACUCCCACCGAAGAAAUCUGACAGAUGACAUCCCUUACUGUGAUGGCACAGGUUCUGCAGUGAGAUUGAUCCGCAGCACUUCUAUGUAUGUCCUUGGAGGUGAGCAAGAAAAAAUUAGUGAAACACUAAAAAAAUGCAAAAGUACAACCAGCAUUGACUCUUGCUUUCAGCCAAAAGAGGACGACAGAGACUGGAUGUACUCUAAGACUCAGGACUGCUUGAAGUACUUACAGGAUCUGUUAGCCUUGAGGAAAAAAUACCUUGACAACAUCAAGAACUUGAAAUCCAUGCAUAUGGCUGCAGAUUCCCCAACAUCCACAAAAUCAUCCAAAACUGGAAAGAAGUCAUUUCUUCCACUUCCUUCCAAAGAGUCUUCUAAGGCAUCCAUGGAGAGAAAAGGCCCACAGGCCAGUUCAGAUGUCAGAGAAGCAAUAGCUUUCUUCGACUCAGUUAUUGCAGACCUGGAUUCAGAGAGGUGGCGAAGAGUUCCUGAUGUGGAUUUGCCAAACGUGGAUGUUGAUUUUGAUGUUGCUACCAGCACAAGCGAACACAGUUUACAUUCAAACUGGAUCCUUCGUGCUCCCCGAAGAUACUCGGAAGAUACUGCUCAAACAGCAAAGGCUGCAAGUCAGUCUCAAAGAAACAGCCAGAGAAGAACAACUGGCUCUAGGAAAAAGCUGGAAAGACAUCCUAUGUAUUUGCCCAAAGCUGUGGAAGGGGCAUAUAGCACUUUAAAAUUUAAGCCCAAAACACGUAAAAAAGAAUAUUGAAUGAAUAUUCUCUCUUCAGCUGAAGACAGAAUAUAUGAAAUAGGGCAUUGAAGACUUGAUGCCUUAUUUAUUUAUUUAUUUAUUUAUUUAUUUAUUUAUUUAUUUAUUUAUUUAAUGUUUGACCCAGCUCUUACAGUCUAUAAGUGAUGUGUGUGGUCACCGAGGGUUUUUUGUCUGGGACAUAUUUCAAGCCAUUGCUAUUCCAACACUGGACUCGUAUGAGGGUUUAACUCACCAAUUUCAUUGUGCCUAACACUACUGCUUUGUCAUUCAACUUGGGGAGAACUCCGACGUGACAAGCAUUUUUUCUAGUAUUGUUAUUGAAAGCAAUGAUUCAGAGACUCCCUGGUGCAGUAUUUUUUCUUGUGACUCCAGUACUGCAAAGCAAUUAAAGCAAGUCAGCUAGUAUGUUGGAGCUUUUGCACCAGUGUUUUCAACUUCAGAGCAGUGAACCAGAAUUUCCUUCUUUCUCUUUUUGCAUGAGAAAAAAUGUGUGUGCCAUCAUUGACUCUGUGAUCCGAGAGUAUACAGCAGCACUGAGGUACAAGCAGACUGUGGUAUAAGCAGAAAAAGCUGCAAUGAGGGAAUCAGCAUUAGAAACCUGUGUUUGGAGGAGUUGCUCCAGUGUGUUUUGAAAAAAAAAAAAGCUAUCUUGUACUCCGUUUGCUAUUGGGAAUGUUUCUGUCCUGGGAUACAACAUCAAGCAUCAAGGGAUUCACUGCAUGCACAAAUGUAUGCAACACUUUUUCAUGUGGUUACACCACCUGUUGGUUUUCAUCUGUUUUAACACCCUGUUGCCGAACUAGGCACCCCAGUAUACACUGGAAAAGCUUAAUGUUUUGGAGAAGAACACUUUGUGAAUAAAUUGGAACAAAGGCGGAGCAGAAGACAAUUUGCAGAAAGAACCACUGCAUCAGCAUUAGAUCAUACCCAAUGUUUGGAAUUCUGCUACUUCAUCAUUAAAGACUACAUAUUAGGAAGAAUGCAGUCUAGAAAUGUUCCUCUUCAGGUUCUUUCAUCUUAGAGGUGACAUACCUUUCAUGUGAUACUUGGAAUACCCCAUACUCUGCCAGUUUUACUGAAGUACAGCAAUUUAAAAAAGCAUAGAAAGUGAGAAGGAUCUAGGCCCUUAUGGAAAUACUACUCUAUAGCCCUUCAGAUAGGUGAAUACCAUUUCCAUCACAGGCAUCAGUCUGAGCCAUAUCCCCCAGCUCAUGCUUUGUCUCUGAUUGUUUUCAUCUGAUAUUCAUUUGGUGGUUCACUGUGGCAGAUGGAUCAUUGCAGCACUGGUAUGACCAGCUGGUGAUUCACGGGCAGUUUCUUGUUUCUGCGUUCAGUAGUUUUUGUGUCCACAGGCUUGGAUAAAUUUCCUAAGGCACUGGCCAUCAAUAUAACCUAUCUGAUACACCAUAAUCUCCAUAACCUUUGUGUUCACCACACAGAACAUUUGGCAGGUGGCAAUUCUUGCUGAUUUUUCUUCCUAGUGUUUGAGACCAAGUUGUUCAAACAGCAUUUCUGCCACAGGGUGGAAGUACCUCUCUUGGAUCUCACUGAUGUGGGACACUUUCUGUCAUGAGAUAGGAGAGUGCCAAAAAACCACAUUGUCCUCCAUUCAGAACUGGCAUCUCCUGUUUGAUUAAAACAUUUUGUUUCUUUUUCUAGUGGUGUUUGUGAAGGGGAGGGUAAGUUCUUUCUGUACCGCUUUAAUUCUGGAGGUGCUUUUGCCACCCUUUUUCUAGUCUGUAUCCUCUUCAAAAUGACCUGUCUAACUGCCAUCAUUCAUACAUCUUCAUGAAGAGUUUAAAUUAAGGUCCAGGUUUUGCUUCCCUUCUGUUGGUGCUUCUCAUACUUAGUCUGUUUUCACUAUACAGGUAGUGUUGUUGCCUUUGUACCUCCCCAGUCCUGCCUGCCCUGAACUGAACACCAUAACCGUAUUUAAAACUGUUCUGCCUUUGACAUAAGAACAUUUAAGGCCAAAACCUGCACAUUUUUGGCAAUUGUGUCACCCUGAAACCCCGCUCCAAGCAGAAUCUCAUACUGAAGUUGCCGAGGAAUAUUUUUACUGAAUGUGUGGUCACCUUUCUGCUACUAGAACCUGCAACAUGAAUGGAUGCUGACAGAAAACCUCACUGUCUUUUUGAGUUACUGUAACAAAAUCAGGCAUGUGCAUAAUUAAAAUACUGAUGAAAGAAGAAGACCAUUAUUCCAACAGUGUUCUAUCCUGGUCUGUGCUCCAUGUUCAUAGUGCCAAGGUUUUACUCACUGCAGUAGCUAAUCUUUUGGUAUUGUUUUAAGGAUGCAUUGUGUUAUGCAGAACCAGAUUGCUUCAGCAUGUUUGACCUUCCCUGUGGCUUCUUGUGUGUCCUUGUAAAAUGGAGAGAUCUCUGGUGAUCUGCUGUGACAGAGGAUAAGGUUCCCCCUGCUGUCCAGCAUACAAACUCCAGUGUGAAAUAUGUGUUUGCUGUAAUGAAUAAGAGACAAAGGGGUGAAAAAAUAUUUGUAAAUUUGGUUUGGAUUCUGUGUUUUGUUGGUUUUGGUUGUUUCUUCCAUUUCUCAAAGCUAUCUUCAAGUCUGUCAUCAUCUUAGAAAAAAUUUAUUAAGCAAGUAAA